AUGUAUGAAAGAGAUAUGUUCAAAAAGCGUGUUGCUAGGUCUAAUAGUCAAGUUGAUUGGAUGAAUUAUAAGACAGCUCGUAACAGAACUAACUAUGAAUUAAGGAAAAUAAAGCGCCAGUAUUAUCAAACAAAGUUAAGCGAAAGCUCUGGGGAUUCCAAACAUACUUGGGCUGUUCUGAAUAGUCUAGUUGGUAAACCUUCAAAGAAUACAGAAAUAAACGAAAUUAAGGUUUCCCCGAAUGAGAUUAUUACCAGUGGUGAAGAUAUAGCUAAUCAUUUGAAUCAACAUUUCUCUGAAAUUGGCGUCAAGCUUUCGUCU